CCGCAGAGUCGGCCCUCGAGGGCUUCAUUGCUUUCCACUCUCGUGAGAACAGGAUGCAUCGCUGGGUGGCCGAGUCGCGGAAAGGAGACCUGUCGGAAUUCCAACCAGUUAUUUCCUGAAUGUAAUGGAGUACUUCUUCAACCAGCUAAACUGGGAUUCUUAAACACAGGCAUACACACUUUUUUCUCAUGAGUAUUUCUCUUGGGGUGGCUUUGGUGGCACCUAAUAGAGAUCAUAGUGAUAAUAUUUUAUUCCCUCAAACUUCUUCACGCUUCUUUCACUGAAGUUUGAUAAUAAAGAUAUCGCCAAAGGUUAGAAAUAAGAUCAACUAGAGGAAGUACUCGUAGAAUGGCAUGUGGGAGUGCACACAUUUCUAAAGCAGACAGUCUUGCUUUGGGGGCUGUCCAGAUUAUGCUUGGCAUCUUUAAUGUUUUAAUGUGGUAUUUCCUGUUGGUUUUAUAUAUGGGCCAAAUUAAAGGAGUCUUCGGGAAGUAUGAACCUUUAACGUACAAAACUGGAUGCACACUGUGGGGAGUUUUUUUUAUCACAUCAGGAGUCUGCAUAGUAAAAACAGCAAAGAAUCCAACUCGAACCCUGAUCAUGUCUUCUUUAGGCCUGGAUCUCUUGUGCAUAAUUGUUUCAUUGGCAGCAUUAAUACUGACAAUAGUGGAGUUGUCUUCCUUUAGGUCUGUGUCGUACAAGAAUUAUGGUCAAGCGAAGCUGGGGAGGGAAGUGUCACGUUUGCUUGUGAUUGUCUACCUCCUGGAAAUGGCCAUUGCCCUCACGCACUCCAUCUACAUGUGUGGCAGUAUGAGUCGAAGACAUGGCACUGUUUCCACACCAGUUACAGAGGAGGCUGAAACUACUUUCUGAAAACCUUAGAAAUGUGGGAUUUUUG